AUGAGCGACCCAGUGGACCCCUCCGAUCAGGUGUAUAUCGCCCAGGCACAUGCUAACAAGGCUUCGCUCGAGGCCCCUCUGCCUGAGAAGGAGACCGCAAUUAUUUCCACCGCGCCUUCAGUGCACGAUGACGGUCACGAGUAUCCCACUGAUGAGGAAUUGCGGACUCUGCGUCGGGUGGCUGGAAAGGUGCAAUGGACUGCAUAUACCAUCGCCUUUGUGGAAUUGUGUGAACGCUUUUCUUAUUAUGGAACCACCGCUGUUUUUGUCAAUUUUAUUCAGCAACCUCUCCCGGAGGGCCAUCCUACAGGCGCUGGGUACUCAGGCCAAUCUGGAGCUCUGGGCAUGGGACAGAGAGCUUCUACCGGACUGACCACCUGCGCCUGGGUCGCCGAUGAGUUCUGGGGACGACUCACGACCAUCCAAGUAUCGAUCGGCUUUGCCAUGGUUGGACAUAUCAUUCUCAUCAUAUCCGCUCUUCCCCCCGUUAUUGCAAACCCGCACGGUGCACUGGGCUGUUUCGCCGUCGGUCUAGUGAUCUUUGGGAUCGGUGUCGGUGGUUUCAAAUCGAACAUUGCCCCUUUGAUUGCCGAACAGCACAAGGAGACCCGGAUGUUCGUUCAGACCGACCCCAAAACGGGAGAGCGGGUCAUCGUCGAUCCAAACCAAACCGUCACCCGUAUUUUCCUCUACUUUUACUUUAUGAUUAAUGUUGGAUCCCUAAUAGGCUCGAUUGCCAUGGUGUAUGCCGAGAAGUACGUCGGAUUCUGGCUUGCCUUCCUUCUGCCGACCAUCAUGUUCGCCUUGUGUCCGCUCGUGAUCUUCCUCUGUCGCAACAAGUAUGAGGUUACACCUCCGACUGGAUCUGUCGCCGCCAAAGCAUUCAAGCUUUGGUCGUUGGCUUUGCACGGCAGAUGGUCUUGGAACCCGGUUACAUUUGUGAAGAACUGCCGGUCCGACGACUUCUGGGAAAGCGUCAAGCCGAGCAAAAUGCAGAACCGACCGGAGUGGAUGACCUUUGACGACCAGUGGGUGGACGAGGUGCGACGAGCCGUCAAGGCCUGCGCCGUCUUCCUUUGGUACCCGGUUUAUUGUACGUCUUUCUACGCCCACCUUCCCGUCUUUCCUCUGACAGGCCAAUUCAGGGCUGGCUUCUUCUACCCGGGUCUCCGUCGGCUUGGGAUCAACUUCACCCCGCUGAAGAGAAUCUGGGUCGGGUACCUGAUCGCCUCUGGGGCCAUGGUCUCUGCCACGGUGAUCCAAUAUUACAUUUACAAGACGAGCCCCUGUGGCGACCACCCCAGCAGCUGUGAUGAGGCCGCGCCUCUCAAUGUCUGGAUCCAGGCGGUGCCCUAUGUGCUAAUUGCCUUUUCGGAGAUCUUCGCCUCCAUCACUGGUUACGAGUAUGCCUAUACGAAAGCGCCGAAGAACAUGAAGAGUUUGGUACAAUCGCUCUUCCUCUUUAUGAACGCAAUCUCCUCCGCCAUCCAACAGGCCCUGACGUCGUUGUCGGCGGACCCUCUUCUCUUGUGGAACUACGGGUUCGUGGCUGUUCUGGCCUUUGUCGGUGGAAACCUCUUCUACCUUGCCCACUACAAGCUGGACAAACAGGAGGACGAGCUCAACAAGCUGGAGGCGUCGACGUACUUGGGCCGUCAUCCGCAGCCGCGGAAUGAGAAGACGGAUCCUGAGCAGUAG